UCUAUAGAAGAUAGGAGCAUGAGUUAAAAUGAGUUUUAACAAUAAAGUUGUGAUCGUAACUGGCUCAAGUUCAGGCAUAGGAGCAUCAACAGCUAUCGCAUUUGCUAAGGAGGGGGCCAACGUUGUUAUAGUCGGACGUAAUGAAGAUAAAAUGAAGAAAGUAAAUAUUAAAUGUGAAAGUUACGGUAAGAAACCGUUGGUUGUUAAAGCUGAUAUAUCAAAGGACGCUGAAGCUAAGAAAGUAAUAGAUGAAACAAUUAAAACGUUUGGGAAGUUAGAUGUGUUAGUCAACAAUGCUGGAGUCGCUGAUUGGAGUGAUAUAACCAGUGAUGAUUUUAUGGAAAAAUUCGACGCUAUAAUGAAUAUAAACUUAAGAGCUGUGGUUUACUUGACGCAUCUAGCGAUACCGUACCUUAUUGAAACUAAGGGGAAUAUCAUCAACACAUCCAGUAUAGCUGGGAGUUCCAACUGUGGAAUGCCGUUGCUGACUUCGUACUGCACAUCAAAAGCUGGACUGAAUCAUUUCUCUCGUGGAGUGGCGCUCAAGUUAGCAGAGCAUGGAGUCCGUGUGAACGUCAUCGGCCCUGGACCGGUGCGUACUGAUAUCGCCGACUCUAUGCCAACUGAAGCUAACGCCUGGGAGGUAGCCGCUCAGAACACUGCCCUCAAGAGGAUCAGCGAACCCGAGGAGAUCGCUGACCUAAUGUUGUUCCUGGCCAGCGACAAAGCUAGAGGCAUCACUGGCUCAGAAUUUAUUUCUGAUAACGGUGCAUUGGUGAAAUAAAUUAAACAGAUUUUACACAUUAUUCAUUUAAUUCGAAAAGAGAUCCUUCUGCUGAUGAAAAGGUUAUUUUAACACUAAAGCAAAUAAAAAGAUUCUUAUGUUAAGUUUCUAUGAAGAAUGUUUAAUGUAAUACAGAAUAUAAUGAAAGAUAACAAUAAUAUUUGUCAUUAGUAAAGGCGUCAAAUAUAGUUAUUACGUUGUGUAGUAACCAAAUUAAAACAAACAGGAAAUUAUUGGAUAUAAUAAUUGUAUUGUUAUUGAAGAUACAAGGUUGAUU